AUGGGAAAGAGAAAACAACGCGAUGAGGAUAUGGAUGUUGCUUGCUCUAAGACAUAUACGUACUGGAAAGAGGAACUAGACAAGCCAUUUGCUGACUGUAUUCUGGAGCUAGUAGAGAAGGGGCAGAUCGUUGACGGCAACUGCAAGAAUGGGGCUUAUAAGCAGUUAGAGAAGCUGUUGCAGGAAAGAGUGCCGGGAUGCAGGGUCAAGGCACAUCCUAACAUUGAAGGCAGGUUCAAAAAACUGAAGAAGAGAUGGCAUGCAAUAACAUUUAUGAGAAAACAAAGUGGUUGGGGAUGGGACGAGGUCAAUAAAUGCAUUGUAUGUCCCGAGGGAUCUUGGGAUGAGUUUGAGAAGAAGCACAAAAGCUGCAGAGGGUUGAACAAGAAAAGAUUUCCCGUCUACGAUGACUUAGCACCGGUUUUUUGCAAAGGGCGUGCAAGUGGUGAGCAUGGGGUCGACACCAAUGUUGUUGACGCUAUCGAUUUAGAGGAUGACGAAACUGCACCUGUCGAAAAUGAAGAAAUGGAUGAUGUGUUGAUGGAUGAAAUACAAGCAGAAAUGGCAGCACAGAAUAAUCAAUCUGCCAGUGUUACCGCUUCAACUGAUGGUGCUCCAAUUAAGAAGAGAAAGAAAAGUAAGACAGUCGAUGAACACCUCGCCAACUCCAAUGAGGAAAUGAGAGAACUUCGACCACUCAUUAAGCAAUCAGUUGACACUAUUGCAAGAGCACUCGGGGAGAGCGAUGAUCUCAUUAGCAAAAGAUCGAAUCUGCUGAGGAAGCUGGAAGAACUUGGAGGCCUCACAACAACUGAUAUCAUGACUGCAUUGCGGAAGCUCUCUAACAAUGAUCGGGACCUGGUGACAUUCUAUUCGUUGGAGGCAGAUGAAUAUAAGAUGGCUUUUGUUAGGGGAUUGCUUGGAUGA